CCUAACCCCACCAGCUUCAUACGCGCAUCCACCGAACCCUUGAUUGUUCUAUUGUCCGCACUGACAUGAUUUGAUGGUGAAUCACAUGAAUCGGGUGUGUGUAUUGACCUUCGCUGAACCCCCGAGACUGACUCACAGAAACCCACGGGGUUCGAUUGAACCCAGGUGAAGAACCACCGUUAUUACAUUUUUGAAAACUCUACGUUGUGGAAUUGUUCUUUUAUUUACAUAUCUGGUGUUUAACUCGUUACCGGCAACUAGAUCAACAUCUUUCAUUAAGGGAUGCUACUCUGACGUAUUAAAUCCGAUAUUAUUAUGAUUCAAUACAAGGCUGUCUUCUAGCUUGUUUUUUUUUUUAGUAUUUUAAGCAGUAUUAUUCAUACAUUUAUCAGUAAUUCUAGAUUUGUAUCUUAGUAAACUAAAAAAGAGAUAAAUCUGCAAAGAUGCGACCAGAUGAACACAAAAAGAAAAAGAACGAAGCGUAUAAGAAAAAACACGGGAUUACAAAAAGUGGUGGAGAUGACCAAUCAAGCUCAAACGAAAAGCAAAAAAAUAAAAAAUUUGGUAAAGAUCAAAGAAGUGAAAACAACACGAAACCGAAAGCUACCACUCUAUCUUCAACUGUACCACCACAUGAAAAAAAUGUGUCGUCCUCGGAUCCACAAAAAGUUAAAGCAAAAUUUAAUGAACUCACAUCAGAUUAUUCAAAAUCUGGUUCUUCAGAUGAUGAGGACGAGAUGCACAAGGCUGCCAGCCGAAAAACAUAUAGGAAACGAGAAAUUGUGAGCAACUGGCAAAGAUAUGAGUUGGAGCCGGAUAAUGAAGAUGCAGAAAUUACUGCAAGAGGAGAAAGUUUUGAGAAGCUCAUUAGCCUGGCAGGAAACCAUGUGUCACACUUUCGGUUUAAAGAUGAGCUGGAAUGGGAGGAGUCUGACACUCCAGGGACACAAUGUACGGGUGAAAGUGAGGACUACAGCCACAUACUGGACAUCAACACUGUACAGCUGGCACAGCAGCUCUCUUGUAUUCCAGUGCACACAGUUCUGGGGAUCAGUACCAAUGUCUUUCCACUAUCACAGGUAGAGUCCAUGAGGCAGACAGCAGAAAAAAACAGGUCUGUUUUUUGUUUAAGUCACACUCAAAGGAACACAGACACAAUGGCCUGUGACAAUCUGACAGCUGGUUCAAGUGACAAUCUGACAGCUGGUUCAAUCAAGAGCCCAGUAGUAUCAAGUUCAUUACCACCAGGUGUCAGCCUGACAGAACAUGAUGUCAGUGAGAGAGAUUUACAUUCUGUAGAACACAGACUGGGUACUGCUCGGUUGCAAGAAAACUUCAAUCAGGUGCAAGAAAACAAACCAGUCGCAGCAAGUUUACAAGAUAAUUCUUUUAGUGACUCAACUCAAUCUGUAGAGAAAAAAAUUUCACAUUCCUCCCAGCCAAAAAAAGAAGAAAUCAGCAGCCUCGAAGACUGGCUAGAUAGUGUUCUGGAUGACUGAUGCCUGUGUUCUAUAAAUAUCAUGCUAUUUAUAAAUAUGUUGUUAAUGUGGGGCGACUAAUAAAAUUAAUGAAAUAACAUAUUUAUUUCAACUUUUUUGU